AGUGGGCCAAACGUUUUCCUUAGGACUAUUCAGCGCGCAGUCCUAAUAACAGACCAAGGAUAACUGUCGAGACGUGUACCCCUCUGUUUGCCAAAAUGUAUCCGUCGUCCUGCGACACGUUCGUUGCACUGCCUCCGUCCACGAAAGGCCAGCAUGUGGUUUUCGGGAAGAAUUCUGACAGACCGUGUGAUGAAGUGCAGGAGGUUGUCUACUUCCCCGCGAAAGACUACAGCGCAGGGGAGAAAGUGGAGUGCACAUACAUUGAGAUUGAACAGGCACUUCAUACCUACGCCGUGGUCUUGAGCAGACCAGCUUGGCUGUGGGGCGCGGAGAUGGGAGCGAACGAGCAUCAGGUCUGCAUCGGGAACGAGGCGGUGUGGGGCAGGAUGAGUGUGGAUGGCGAGGAGGCGCUGCUGGGCAUGGAUCUAGUCAGGCUUGGGCUGGAGAGAGCUGACUCGGCCCGGGACGCCCUGGAUGUGAUUGUGGAGCUGUUGGAGAGAUACGGACAAGGUGGGAACUGCAUGGAGGACACGUGUGGCUUCACCUAUCACAACAGCUUCCUCAUCUCAGACAGGACCGAGGCCUGGGUACUGGAGACAGCUGGGAAAUACUGGGCUGCUGAAAGAGUAACCAGUGGACAUAGGAACAUAUCCAAUCAGUACUCCAUCACAACCCAGAUUGAUAAGGAACACCCACAGAUGAGAGAGUACGCCAAGACCCAGGGCUGGUGGGAUGGACAGGCUCCGUUCAGCUUUGCCGAGGUCUACUCUUUCAUGACCACUGCCAGAAUAGAAGACUCUAACAGCCGCUACUGCCAGGGACAAAAACUCCUGAAGAAAAGUGACGGUCACAUCACAGCAGAGAGCAUGAUGGGCAUUCUGAGAGAUAAGGAGAGUGGCAUUAACAUGGAGGGCAUGUUUAUGACCACUGGCAGCAUGGUGUCAGUCGUUCCUCUGGAUCCGUCUUUACCUGGAGUGCACUACUUCACCGCCACGCCCGACCCAGACAGGUCUGUUUUCAAGCCCUUUGUGUUUGUGAUGGACAUAAGCCAGCUGAAGCACACGUGUUCGCCCUGUUACGGGGAAAACGACCCGGUGAAGAAGAAGCCGCGUUUCCAGAGCAAGCCGGACCGCAAACACCCGCUCUUCACGAAGCACAGCGUGGCAGCCGCCAUCAUCGACAGCACCAGGGAGAGAGGAGAGAAGAUUGUGACGAGAAUGCGGCAGUUGGAGAAAGAGAAGAUGGAGAAGAUGGAGAGAUAUCUGAGUAAAGGUGUGGAGGACAGCACUGAGCUGGUUCAUCUGUUUUCAGACACCACGAAGGAGGAACUUGAGAUUUACAGCCGUGUCUGACGCCAUCACUCAGUCAAAACCCCCAGUUAUACACUAACCCAACUAACCCAGUGUCACCAUCAAAAA